GUGAUGGAUAGGAGGAGUGAUAUGGGAAGUAAGGGAGGGGGGUGUUCCUGGUUUAUUCUCUAUUCUCUAUUCUCCAUUUUCUCUUUUCUCUUCAUCUAUUCAUCUUUUAUUUUGAAUUUCUCUCUUCAUCUUUCUAAGAAGGGAAGAGAGAGGGAAAGGGAUUUAUUUUCUUAUUUUUGAAUAUACAUACAUACUAUACCUUGGCUUUCUAC